ACACCAGUCUGCUGGCCUCGCCUUGGUCUGCCGUCGGCUCGCGCAGCCGCACCGCACCGUCUCCACUCUCCACCCACCUCCCUGCGAGAGCCGACCCUGCGCUAGGGCUUCGCGCUCCGAAUUCCGCCGCUAAUGCUGGUGCCGGGGCCUUCGGCUGCCGCGCUGGUGGCGGCGGCCGGUGGCGAGGAAUGGUGUGCGUGAAUGGGGCGCGCGCAUGUCAGGCGGCGGAAGGAGCAUGGCGGAUCACAGCCGACAUGGAGAGGGGUCGGGCCCUCCUCACCUUCUCGCCGCCGCUAUUUUGCUCUCGAGUGAUGGCCUUGGAACGGGGAUCGGGUUUGCUGGGCGCAGGGGCGGUGGAUGCGGCGGAGAGGAGGCGAGGCGGCUGGUGGAUGCGGGUCCGACAUUCAUGGUAGCUAUCUCCCAUGGAAUAGUUGGAGGAAAUAGUGGCACCACCAAUGGCGAUCUUACCUCGAGUAACGGAGGAACUUUAUCAGCUCUAAGAUGGUGAGCUUCGUGGGCCGGAUUUGAAGCUGCUAACCUUAUCAUUGUAUCAAGAUCCAGGGAGCAUCGCAAAGGCAUCUGGGCGCUUUGCUCCUGCAGUAUUGGAUAUGUCCGCAAAAUAUAAUGGUUCGUCUGAGAUGAUUGUUGGUCAGCCAAUGGCUGUUGGCUGGAAGCAGCGUCGACGACGUACUAAAGGGCGCUUUGUCACGACCCAUGUCAACCAGGAAGGGACCAAUGGAGGCAACAUGGUGCCAUUCAGUGCCGCGUUAAGAGACGAGGAAAACGUUGGUGAGGUCAUCCCUUGCCCCUCAGUUACAAUCAAUGUAGGUGAGGUUGCCAUCAGUGAGGCUGCAUAUGGAAGCAUGGUGCCAACCAGCAACGCUGCCGGAGACUUCUGUUGGCCCAUUGUAGCGACCAACGAUGAUGAGGAAAACAUCGGCAAGGUCGCCUAUGACAGCAUCCUGAACCUGGAAUCGCCUGAUCCCACCACACUCCUCAGGAUCAUGAUGGGGAACAAGUUCAGCACCGAUGAAGUCUCGGAGCAGUUCCAGAACGUGGCAUGCCUCCAGGCUCCUGAGUUUGCCACCCUCCUGACCGUCAUGAACAAUGCUGGCUAUGGUGAGACUGCGGACGAUGCACACUAUGAUGUCAACAAAGUAAUGAUGAAUUUAGAAGGGUGGUGACCAGCGACAGGUCGUGCUUAGUCCUGCCCCUGCCAUGAUGCCAUCGUUCUGCAGCCUUAUAUGUAGGCUUGCUUAGUUCUCAUGGCUAUCUAUCUGUUCUCUUUUGCUUGCAUUGUGACUCCGAACUGGAGCAAAUGUUUGUAUGGACCUGGUUCAUGUAUGAUAUUAAAUCUUGGAUUUCAUUAGGCAUGCGGAGAACGUGUCAACUAA